AUCGUACGGGUGUAGUAGCCAUCGAUCAUUAACCUUAACUCCUCGUGCGGUAAACAGCUUCUUAGAGACUUGUUAAGUGCAUUGCUCCGCCCUAUCUAUUCUCAUCUACUACGAAGAUCCCAAACCCCGUUUCGGGCAGUCGCAAAACUCGCGCGUACAACUCACUCCCCAGCUUAACACUCCCUCUUCUUCUCGAAUUCAUUCAGGUUCCAAUUCAAAUUCACGAAUUCAGGUGCCACAUUCAUACCUGUUUUUAUUCCGGAACGAAACUGAAAGAAAAUGUUUGGAGUGGUAACUAUUCGCAAGUGAUGGGGAGGAAAAAAAGUAAACCUCAUCGAUCAGGGGGGUUAAUAGUUGAAACAAAUUCUACUGCUGAAGCAGAAUUGGAUAAGCGGAAUGUUGAAGGGACAAGUAAAGGAGGAAAUGAUGAUUUUGUUGAAGUUGAUAUACCCUAUUUUGUUGAAGUUGAUCGGUCUGGUUGGUUGUCAGGUGAGCACCUUGAUGUUUCUGAGGUUGUCUUGAGGGAUUUAAAUUUGAGAGAAGGGUUUUCUGGUUUUGAACUGUGUGAGGAUUUUUACCAGGAUCCACGGUACUUGUUGAGAUUUCGAGUGUCUAAUGUCAAUAAUGUUCUUAGUCGAAUCAAGUUAGGUCAUUGGCCCGUGUUACCCUAUACUGAUAUUCAUCUAGAGUUUGUGAAAAGGGAUGCAAUAGACAAUUUGGAACAAUGUACCGUGCUGUUGUCUGGGAUUUUUGAUGGACCGGAUGAAGGUGUUUCUGGCCUUGUUCACUUGGCAAGUUUGAAAUUUUUCACAUUGAGGCCAGUUCUUGGGAUUAGGAUUUCGGAAGAUAUUUCUUCUCUCAGGGUAAGAGUUGAAAUACUAAAGUGUGCCUUUGAUGCUUGUGAGUCACUUCUUGAUGUGUCUAGGCAACUAUGGAAAAGGAGUAUGAUGAAUGUCAUGUCUUGGCUACGUCCAGAAAUAGUAACUUCAGAAGUUAGGUAUGGAUUUGGUAGCUGUAUGAAAAUGGAAGUUGAUCCACAGGCAGAGACCGGAAAUAACACAUCCAGCAACAGAAAACACACAAGAUUUGAUCCUGCUGGUUUUUAUGAAGCCAUUAAGCCUUCAAAAUCUGAGCCAAUGCUUGAAGAUGACAUACCUGAGUUACUUCCUGAACUGAGGCCUUAUCAACGACGUGCAGCUUUCUGGAUGGUUAAACGGGAGAAACAAAUGGAAGAAAGUCAGCGUGAAAGAGAAAGAAUUCAGUUUCAUUCUCCAUUAUGCAUGCAUUUGGAUUUUCUGGAUACAAGUACUAAAAUGUUUUUCAAUCCAUUCAGUGGGAAUAUUUCUUUGUGCCCGGAGACAUCUUCGCCUUAUGUAUUUGGAGGCAUUCUUGCUGAUGAGAUGGGCUUGGGAAAAACUGUUGAAUUACUUGCUUGCAUCUUUGCUCACCGGAGAUCAGCAUCUGAAAGUGAUAUACUAGUUGAACCAGUGCCUCAAGUUAAUGAAGACCAAAAUGUCACUUUAAAAAGACUCAAAAGGGAGCGUGUGGAGUGUAUAUGUGGAUCUGUGAGUGAAAGUCUCAAAUAUGAAGGACUAUGGGUUCAAUGUGACAUUUGUGAUGCUUGGCAGCAUGCUGAUUGUGUUGGUUAUUCAGCUAGAGGAAAAUCACUGAAAUCAAGACAUGGAUGUGAAGGCAAGACAUAUAAAACCACAAUAGCUGUAAGGGAUGGUGAAUAUGUAUGUCAGAUGUGCUCUGAACUAAUAGAAGUGACUGAAUCUCCCAUUGCAUCGGGUGCCACUCUUAUUGUCUGCCCAGCUCCUAUUUUGCCCCAGUGGCAUAAUGAAAUUAUACGCCAUACGCGCUCGGGAUCCUUGAAAACUUGUAUUUAUGAAGGCGUGCGGGAGACUUCUUUAUCCAACACAUCUAUAAUGGAUAUCAGUGAACUCGCCACUGCUGACAUUGUGUUAACUACCUAUGAUGUGCUUAAAGAGGAUUUAUCCCAUGAUUCUGAUAGACAUGAAGGUGAUCGACACUUUUUGAGAUUUCAAAAGAGGUACCCAGUUGUCCCAACUCUUCUCACCAGGAUAUAUUGGUGGAGGGUUUGUUUGGACGAGGCUCAAAUGGUGGAAAGUAAUACUGCUGCUGCCACUGAAAUGGCUCUAAGACUCCAUUCUAAGCAUCAUUGGUGCAUAACAGGAACCCCAAUUCAGCGCAAGCUUGAUGAUUUAUAUGGGCUGCUAAGGUUUCUUAAAGCUAGCCCUUUCAAUACAUACAAGUGGUGGACUGAAGUUAUUCAAGAUCCUUAUGAGAAGGGAGAUAUGGGAGCUAUGGAAUUUACACACAGAGUUUUCAAACAAAUCAUGUGGCGUUCUUCUAAAGAACAUGUUGCAGAUGAAUUGGACCUUCCCUCUCAGGAGGAGUGUCUCUCUUGGCUUACACUCUCACCAGUAGAAGAGCACUUUUAUCAGAGGCAACAUGAAACCUGUGUCAUAGAUGCCCACGAAGUUAUUGAAAGUUUGAGAAAUGAUAUCCUUAAUAGAAAAGGCCCAGGUUCUGCAUCCUUAAAUAGUUUGUCAGAUUCUUUAAUCACUCACUCAGAGGCAGGGAAGCUACUGAAUGCUCUGCUGAAACUUCGUCAGGCUUGUUGUCACCCGCAAGUUGGGAGUUCUGGUCUGCGUUCCCUCCAGCAGUCACCUAUGACCAUGGAGGAAAUACUAAUGGUUCUUAUAAGCAAGACUAAGGUAGAAGGUGAGGAAGCUCUUAGAAGGUUAGUUGUUGCUCUGAACGGGCUUGCAGCAAUAGCAACAAUACAAAACGAAUUAUCUCAAGCUGCAUUGCUGUACCACGAAGCUCUGACGUUGGCUGAAGAGCAUUCUGAGGAUUUCCGCUUGGAUCCUUUGUUGAAUAUCCACGUUCAUCAUAAUCUUGCCGAAAUGCUCCCACAGGCUGCAGACCUUGCCCUGAGAGUGUCCUCUAAAGAAAAGCAGUUCUCUCGAACAUCCAGAAAGCAUUUUAUUGACAAGGUUGAUCAUUGUCUUUUGAAGAGGCAAAAAGUAAGUGGCUGUGAUGACACAAAAUUUUCGGCGGCUUCGGUAGAACUAUCCAAUUCUGCAUCCAGCCUUUCAGAAGAUGACUUAAAUGAGAAUCAGGAUGUUGAUGAUGUAGCUGUCUGCACUGUCGAAUCUCUGACAGCAGAAUGUGAAGAUUUGAAGCAGAAAUACUUAUCCGUGUUCAGUACAAAGCUAUGUGCAGCUGAACAGGAGUUUCAAAACUCAUACAUGCAGGUUAGUAAUGGAUUUAGUGACAGCAAAGCAGAUCAAAAAAUGUUUUGGUGGCUAGAAGCACUUCAUCAUGCUGAACAGAACAAGGAUUUCUCAGCCGAGUUGUCUAGAAAGAUUGAAGAAGCGAUCUCAGCAGCUGCAAAUAGUUCAAAGUCAUCAAAAAUAGCUGCUCGUUUUCGGAGCAUAUCAUCUCUGAAGUAUCAAAUUCAGACAGGCUUGGAUCAGUUAGAGACCUCUCGGAAAGGUCUAUUAGAUCGACUGUUAGAAAUUGACCAAACAAUGGAAAAACCAAAUGAAGAAGAUAUUGACCGUAUGGGUAAAUGUCAAACUUGCCAACCUAAUUGUGAUGGUCCCCCAUGCAUUCUGUGUGAACUAGAUGAACUCUUCCAGGAUUAUGAAGCAAGACUAUUUGUUCUUAAGAAUGAACGUGGCGGAAUAAUUUCAUCCGCUGAGGAGGCAGUAGAUCUUCAGAAGAAGAAUUUCGCAUUGAAUCAUUUCCUCUCAAAGCUAUCAAAAUCUAAUCACAGAGCAACAGCAUCUCAAAUUGAUAAUGAAGAAUCAAAGAAAAGGAAUGUUGGACAGAGAGUUGUGGUUUCAAGAUCAGCAUCUGAAUUGGAGCUUAUUCUCGGUGUUAUAAAGAACUAUUGCAAGGGUCGAUUGGGAAGGGACAUUGUCACAGCAGCAACCAAGCAUUUACAUGUUUUUGAGGGAAUGAGGAAGGAGUUUGGCUAUGCGAGAUCUUUAGCUCUAGCUCAAGCUCAGUACCUACGGGCCCAUGAUGAAAUAAAGAUGGCUGUUUCCCGUUUGCACUUAAGGGCAAAUGAGGAUGAUAAAUCUCUUGAUGCUUUAGGUGAAGAUGAGCUAUUUGCAGCUAGCUCAAACUUUUCGCAUGAUAAGUUUAUGUCGUUGAACAUGUUGUCACAGAUAAAAGGAAAGCUCCGCUACUUAAAGGGUUUGGUAGAAUCUAAGCAAAAGCUGCCAUUGGGAAGUCCAGAUAGUUCUUCAUUAACUCAAGAGAUAACUGCAUUGCCAAACUCUACAGAAGAGAGGGGUGCAGUCAUAUUUAAAGCUGAUGAAGAAACAUGUCCAAUUUGCCAAGAAAAGCUUGGCAGUCAGAAAAUGGUAUUUCAAUGUGGGCAUGUUACGUGCUGCAAAUGUUUAUUUGCUAUGACUGAGAAUAGGCUUCAACAUAGCAAGAUUCACAAUUGGGUUAUGUGCCCAACAUGUCGACAGCAUACAGAUUUUGGAAGCAUUGCUUAUGCUGUUGAUGCACAGAAGGAAUCUUCUAAUUCUGUAACACCUAAUACACUUGACAACUGUGAAAAAAGUGAAGCAUCCAUUACUGUCAAAGGCUCAUAUGGAACUAAGAUUGAAGCUAUCACUAGAAGAAUCUUGUGGGUAAAGGCUACAGAUCAAAAAGCAAAAGUUCUUGUGUUUUCUAGUUGGAAUGACGUACUUGAUGUAUUGGAGCAUGCCUUUGCUGCAAAUGACAUUACAUUCAUCCGCAUGAAAGGAGGCAGGAAAGCACAAGUUGCUAUCAGUCAAUUUAGAGGACACGAGAGUGGCAAGAAAGGUGAGAGGCCAGUGUCAAAAUCUAUUCAGGUGUUAUUGCUUUUAAUCCAACAUGGAGCCAAUGGCCUCAAUCUCUUGGAAGCACAGCAUGUGGUCCUUGUAGAGCCAUUACUCAAUCCGGCUGCUGAAGCACAAGCGAUCAGUCGUGUACAUCGUAUCGGCCAAAAGAACAAGACCCUCAUUCAUCGUUUCAUUGUCAAAGACACUGUAGAAGAGAGCAUAUACAAGCUAAACAGAGGCAGGAGCAAUCAUUCAUUCAUUAGUGGGAACACAAAAAAUCAAGAUCAACCUGUUUUGACUCUGAAGGAUGUGGAAUCCUUACUAUCAAGAGCCCCACUAAUAAUGCCAGAAGCUGAUGAAAAUGGCAACACAAAUUCAAAUCUAAGGCAUUUGCCGCCAUCAAUGGCUGCGGCGAUUGCCGCUGAGAGAAGAGUCAAUGAGCAAACAUGAUUUUUGCCUCUCUUCACUCAAAAUGAUGACGUGUUGGUGUUGUGUUACAUUCCAAAGAUGCAACUUUACAUAGCAGAAUAAAUUCAUGGCAGUGUCAAGUGGCAAGAGGUGUUGCAAUUCAAUAGACUUCCAACCGUAGAUUCCUUCUAACCAAUAUUUCAUUUUCUCUCUGUUAGUUAAUUUGUUCUUGUAAAUAUUAGAUAUCUAUGACUUGCCCUUUCUAAUUUAAGUCAUUCUCUGUAAUUAUGUAUAAUAUUAAUAGAUAUUAGUCAUCGUAAUGAGGUCUAAUAAUUCUCUCUCCUCCACCCUCCUUCCAGUUUGAGAUGGGCAAGAUGGGCAUGAUACUCAACCAUAAAAGACUGGAUAUUUAUUAUUAGAUUUUCUCCCCCUAAUGAUUUAUUUGAUUUUAUUGCUACACUAAGAUUCUAGUUUGGCUUUAUGCUGUUUGUUUAAGUAAAUGAACCAGCCGUGUUGGUUUGCUUUCCAAAAUUAUGUUUGGAACACAUUAGUCUAUGUUCUUACAACAACAACAACAAAGUCUUGUCUCACUAGGUGGGGUCGGUUACAUGAAUCAAAUGACGUCAUUGAAUUCUGUCAUGUAUCAUGUCUGCAAAGAGAUCAUUUAUAUGUAGAUCUUGUUUGAUCAUCUCAAGGAUGAUCUUCUUAAGUCUUCCUCUGCCUUUUAUCCCUUGUUCAUCUUCCGUCUCAUCUAUCCUCCUAAUUGAGUGUUCUGUCGGUCUUUUUCUUAUAUGUCCAAACCACCUGAAAUGUG